AUGGCAAGGACUGUAAACCCGGAUCUGCACAAACCGCACUUGAUAUCAAUUCUUGGAGUUCUCACGAAGAAAAAGUACUAUUGGCGCUCUAACGGCCAACAAGGAUUAGCUUGUAUCCUCUAUGUUCGCGAUCUCCAACACCCGGAUACUAUUGAGAUUCGAGUGGACACGUCGCUCUUCGGUUUGCUAGGCGCGUUGCAGGUGAAUUGUGUCGUGGAGCUCACUCGCCUCCAAGGGUUUAUAGCUCGCUCAAGCUUCAAGGUUUAUCUAAGUUGGAUUCACCUUACUGCAGCACGAAUUGUACCGACUUUGUCGGUGCCACGAGACGCGCAACUUUUCGGUUUGAUGUCGACCAAGCUCCUAAACGACCUGUACUAUUCUGCAAAUGUUGACCGAAUGUUGCAUCGAUUUGUGGUUGGCGUGGUGCACAUAAGUUACGUCGUGCUAAAGCGAAAAUGUGGCUUGUGUCAUCAGGCAUUGGAGUUCAAUAAGCGUCGCGCGGUCUGGAAACAUACAGAGCAAACGCAAGCGAAAUAUUCGCGAGUUUGUGUGCGAAAGUGGCAGCAAAUAACUUCAUCUGAUUCUGUGUUCAAGACGCAUACAUAUAUGGGUGCAACAGUGCGUUGUGUCAUUGACGACGGCUCUGGCCAGGCUGAGUUAUUUGCGCAGAAUGAUGUUGCGUGGGAGUUGCUUACGUGCACUGCCGGUCAACGUCAACGGUUUGAGGAUAUUCUUAGCAACUACGUCGAGGAACUGAGUUAUUUCUCCGGACGCACAGCGAACGGAUCAUUUGCGACUAGCAAAGCGGAGCGCGAGCAGGAAUACUACCAAAACGAACUGCGAUCCUUCGUUUUGGAGGCCAUUCCGUCGCUGAGAUCAAUCGUGGUUUUUGCUCAACGAUUCUAUAAGGCAAAUGAAAAAGAAGGGACGUCUGUGCUGACGUUCGGCAAGGAUAUCCACCUCACGACCAAGACAGUGCCGCAGCCGAAGCUGGAGGCCAAGCGCGUGGACCGACUGCACGUUCGCAAUGAGCUGCGGCAGCGUCUAGAUCAGCUACGACAGCGAGCCCAAUGCUUGAAAAUUAAAUGA